AUGUCACCUAAUGUACCUAAACUACUAUCUAGUAGAGACAAUUUUAAUAAUUUUUAUUCUGAAUUUGAUCUAAAAGAAAAAAUUGGCGAAGGCUCGUUUUCUGAUGUAUGGUUAUGUGUGCAACGAAACAACGGACGAGAAUAUGCGGCGAAAGUAUUGAAAAAAGAUUAUGGACAUACAGUCGACGCUGAUAAAUGGAACGCUAUAUCCGAAGUUAAUGUAUCAAACUCAGUGGGAAAACAUCCGUUCUUACUUAUGCUAAAAAACGCAUACCACGAUAAAGAAAAAGGAAAAAUUAUUUUAGUAACAGAAUUAAUGAAAAAAUCACUAUACGAUAUUAUAGAAAACGGAGAAUGUCCACUAUCAGAAUAUAGAAUUAAAACUUAUAUGUAUCAAAUGUUGGAAGGUUUAAGGUAUUUGCACGAGAAUGGAUUUAUCCAUAGGGAUAUCAAGCCAGAAAAUAUUUUGCUCACGUCGCGGGACAAGAUAUUAAAGAUUGGUGAUUUUGGGACCACAUGUCAAGCUAUUUAUGGCCAUCAGUACAAACAUUACGUGGCAACUAGAUGGUACCGCUCACCUGAAUGCUUGUUAACAAAAGGUUUUUACAAUUCAAAGAUGGAUAUUUGGGCUACGGGAUGUGUACUUUAUGAAAUCGCUACCGGUCAUCCGUUGUUUGAUGGUCGAGACGAAAAUGACCAAAUUGAAAAGAUUGACCGAGUAUUAGGCUCUCCCGACCAAAGAUUAAUAAAUAAAUUUAAAAAAUAUAAAUCUGAUGUGUUCGUUGCACGAUACGAAACUAAUAAACGAAAUGUCAGAACCGCUGGAGUUGGACUGCAUUCAGUGUACCAACCAUACCGCCCGGCAUACGAUUUAAUCAUAGACAUGAUAGUUUAUGAUGCAUCCAGGAGGUAUUCGGCAAAUCGAUUAUUACGAAAAUCAUACUUUUAUGAGAUGAAUAAUACGGCGUUUGAAUAUAAAAUGAGAGAGUUUGAAAAAUUGCUGAGAAAUAAAUCAAUAGUUAACUUAUCCAACGUAGAUGAAAAAUCGAACACAACAAUAGAUUCGAUAAUUAAAAAGCAAGGUCCUGAUGGAGAUCGUAAACAAAAUGUGCAGACACAUUCAGUAAAUGCUGAAAAAUUUGAAAAAUUAUCUGCAGACAUAAUUCAGCAAAAUGAUCAACCUAAAUUGGAUAAAAGGAAAACGAAUUCAAAUAAAAUAUUAUGUUCAAAGACCAAUAUAAAAAAAUCUAUAAUCAUUCCAGAACCUGAAAAUAUACUCCAUGGAAAUCGAAAACAAAAUACACGUAAUAUAAUAUCAAAGGACAAUACAAAAGAUAUUUCUCCAUCAAAACAAAUAUACACGGAAUCAGUAUCGACGUUAAACAAGGGCUCAGUAAUAAAAAAUAUUAGAAAUAAAUUUGUUAACCGUCAGCCGUUCAAAUGA